GCCGGAUACUCAAGAAUUAAUGGAAGUAUCAAAAUGAUUAUUUGCUGGAAAUUAGAUAAAACUGCAGUACUCUUAAGAAAGUUGUUCUUAAAACUUAGAUCUCCUUCUGUCUGUGAUGCAUGCAGGAUGAGUUUGUCAUGCAGAUCAAUGCAUAUCCCUAGCUAGGAAAUCACUUUCGGUGAGAGAAAAGGAUGGACCAUUCUGGAUUCUGGAGUACUACAUGAAGUCAAAAAAAAGUUGGCAAGGAGGAAGACACGCACACCGGCUCUGCUGGGGACACUCGAUGAUGAACGCAUCCAUUAAGCUAGCAAGACCCAUGCGUCAGUAAUCAUGACUCAGUAUUCCAGAGAUAGAUCAACAUAUACAUGAUAUACAGUACUACACCAGGGAACACUGCAUCGAUCAUCUACCAUGCAGGCGCCAGAAACAGAAACCCGAGAGCUAUACAAACACAAACACCAAAAAUUGCUUAUGCUGCAAGCAGAAAACCAACAAAUUCUGGUAACAUCAUGAAUACUACCUAAUUAUUAACCCGCUAAUUGAAUAACCUUCUGAAAUAAGAUUCGUUCCUACCAUGACGUUUUGACUUUUAGUCCUUGUGACGGCGACGUACUCGACCUUUCUGUCUACGCAAAGGGGAAUGCAUGUGAACAUAGGAAUGGCAUCAUAUCAUCACCCCCGCCCCCUCUUCUCUCCCCACUACGCCGGCCUCUUUAUUGAAAGUUAAAAGAUCCCAUUACCAUUGGUGACUAUCGUUUUGCUGGUUUCCGGCCAGUCAAGAAAAAUGUGCCCCAAAGUUCAUGCAGACACGGAAAUGCCGAUGGCCAGAACUGGAGAUCAUUCCACUAAAACUAAUGGUGAUUGGGGGAAACGUAUCCAAAAGUUUGCCCAGAAAGUAGAAAGAUGUCCUGGUUUGGUGUGGCAAAAGAUGUGGAAGUUGGGACGCGAUGAUCCAAGAAGGGUGAUCCACUCUUUGAAAGUUGGUAUAUCUUUGACGCUGGUUUCGUUGUUAUUUCUCAUGGAUUCACUCUUCAAAGGGAUUGGACAAAAUGCCAUUUGGGCUGUCAUGACUGUGGUUCUUGUGCUCGAGUUUACAGUAGGGGCAACUUUAUGCAAAGGACUGAAUCGAGGAUUUGGUACGCUAUUAGCGGGAUCAUUGGCUUUCUUAAUGGAGUACAUUGCAGAUGAAUCUGGCCAGAUAUUUCGAGCUAUUUUCAUUGGAGCUGCAGUUUUUCUAAUCGGAGCUACGGCCACAUACACGAGGUUCUUUCCCUUCAUAAAGAAGAACUAUGACUAUGGUGUUGUGAUAUUUCUCUUGACUUUUAAUCUGAUAACUGUAUCGAGCUACCGUGUUGAGAGCGUCUUGAAGAUUGCACUUGAGCGCCUCUAUACCAUUGCCAUUGGCUGUGGCCUCUGCCUGAUCAUGACUCUGUUGAUCUUUCCAAAUUGGUCUGGGCAAGACCUCCAUAAUUCCACCGUGUCCAAGCUUGAAAGGCUAGCAAAAUCUAUAGAAGCUUGUGUCAAAGAAUACUUUAAUGAAAAUAAUAUAGAAAUAAACGAGGAUGAGUCUUCAGAGGAUCCCAUUUACGAAGGUUAUAAAGCCGUUUUGGACUCAAAAUCCACUGAUGAAACACUGGCAUUACAUGCAAGUUGGGAGCCAAGGCACUCAAGAUACUGUCAUAAAUUUCCAUCACAGCAGUAUCUGAAAUUGGGGGCUGUUCUCCGCCAUUUUUGCUACACAGUUGUAGCUCUACAUGGAUGUUUGCAGACCGAAAUUCAGGCGCCUCAAUCUGUACGAGCCCUAUUCAAAGACCCUUGCAUUCGACUUGCAGGGGAAGUAACAAAAGUACUAAUGGAACUUGCCGAUAGCAUAAGAAAACGCUGCCAUUGCUCUCCGGAGAUACUUUCCGAUCAUCUUCAGGAAGCCUUAAAAGACCUCAAUACUGCUAUAACUUCCCAACCAAGGCUCUUCUUUGGCUCCAAAAUUAAUCAAGACUCCAACAUGCUUGCCGUAGCUGCAGCUGCAGCUGCACAUGCAAGCCAAGAACACCAAAAGGACUCCAAAGUUUCAUUAUCGGGUGUAAAAGCUGACCCUUCUACAUUGCUUGAAUGGAAAAACAGAAGGGUUUCUGAGCAGUCAAAGGAGGCAGAGUUGAAGCUCUUAAGGCGACUGUCGAGUAAGAUUGCCAUAACUAGCCUUGAGUUCUCGGAAGCACUUCCUUUUGCUGCUUUUGCUUCUUUGCUUGUAGAGAUGGUGGCAAAACUCGAUCACAUUAUCGAGGAAGUUGAAGAAUUGGGGAGAAAAGCAUGCUUCAAAGAGUACAAACAUUGUGAUCAGAUUGUUGUGACUUCUGAGAGACCACAAAUCAUUGUUGAUCAGAACAAUUUUCCAUCUCAUGGGGCAGAAUAGUAGAAAAGAUAUUUAAUUAAGUUGUCAUUCUGAUAUAGAUAUUGAUUCAUUUGAGUAUAUUUUGAGUCAAAAUGGCACGAACCAAAAACUAAUGAUUUUUCAGUUCUCGAUCAGAUAUCUUGCUUGCUUUCGUGAAGUUGUGUGGUAACAUCAACAUUGAAUAAAGCUUAU